GUUAUUAUAUCUAUGGCGGCGUCAAAGGCCAAAAACACGACGGGUAUUUUUUCUGUCAGGUUUCAGUCUAUCGGUGAGCCCAUACUGCUACAAGUGUUUGUUUAUGCUCACACAAAGAGCUGCGGCAGCUCCGAUUUGGUUCAAUGUAAUACAAAGAGGAGAGAGUGGUGUGGAAGACCAUAUUUGUCCUUUAUUUUUUUUCUCCGUUAAUGUCGUGAAAAUAUAAGAGGCCCGAUGGGCGCGAUGCACCUCCUCAACGAAUUUGUCUAUUACCUAGCCAAUUGUACGUAGCAGCUGCUCAACAAGUUACGCGUAAAAUAUUUAUGCAAAACAUAUCGACGAUCGCCAUAAUCGUACUUAGUAUUGCAAAAUAUCUCUUGGAAAGAAUGCCUCGAUGCGUACCACUGGGACACACUUGAUUUUUACUUGUACAGGGCAAUACAUAUUUGCGAGCUGUUUAAUAGCGUAUGCACGUUAAAUUUGACAAGAUAUUGUUGUAAAGAUGUUCAGCUCAGUUCAGAUAAAACAGGAAUAUAAUGGUGCGGAUGAUAGGGGUCAUGAAAAUAUGGUUGGUGGACAAGGAAAUAAUGUUGAUUAUUCAGUGUUCGAUAACCAAAAUGUUCAAUAUGCAUACCACCAAUUGCCACAUUUUUGGGAUCAGGCAUUGCAAGUGCAAACCAAUCAGUACCCCAAGGAUUUUUCUCAAAAAAAUGACGGAAUCACUCGACAGGAUAUGUCUCGAAUCCCUCCAAGUAUACCUUCGAUAAGUACAAAUUAUUUAAAUCAUCAUCUGCAGCAGCAGCAGCAACAACAGCAACAACAACACCAACAACAUCAACAACAACAAAAUUCAUUUCCACUGAAUCAUCAAGCAACUGCUGAUCAUUCUCAGAUCAAUCAAGUUAAUCAAUCAAAUGUAGGAUCUGAGCACAUAGCAUCUAGAGUCGCAUCUGAAAUCAUAAGCAACAGCGGUCUCAUGAAUCCAGGACUUGUGGCAGGCCAAACAACUACUUCUUCUAUCAAACGCAGUAAUCCUGGUAGACCAUCAAAAUCCACAAAUUCCACAGACAGCCCUGGUAAAAAGCUAAAGUGCCAGUGUGAAAUUUGCUUUAAAGAGUUUGGUCAUAAAAGCAACCUUUUUAUUCAUAUGAGGACUCACAAUGGUGAAAGACCAUACAAAUGCAAACAAUGCGAUAAAUGUUUUACUCAUAGUGGGAACUUAGCAAUCCAUAUGCGAACACAUUCUGGAGAACGUCCAUAUGCUUGUCAAGUCUGUGGAAAAAUGUUCAGUCACAGUGGCAAUUUGUCAACGCAUUUACGUACGCAUUCUGGGGUCAAACCGUACAAAUGUAGUGUUUGUGCAAAAGAAUUUCGUCACAGUGGCAAUCUUUCAAUUCAUGAGAGAAUACAUUCUGGUAUUAAACCUUUCCAAUGUAAAGUUUGUGGAAAAGAAUUUUAUCACAGUGGAAAUUUAACUACACACAUGAAAAAGCAUCUAGUGACAGUUUCCACUGAACAGUGUAAAAAUAAUGUACUUCCUGCAUUGAGCACAGAUUAUAUCUCCAAUAAUGUUCAUCAAGUCAAGGAGACUGAAAGUAUUUUAAUUUCUAAUUCAAGUGAUCUGAAUAGUACAAUACAAAAUUCAAAUGAAAUUGUAAUUGAAGAUAAGUUACAUGAACAAUCAGCAACAAGCUAGUAGGCUUAAUCUUGUUUGCUUUUUUUUUUAGUCCACUGUAUUAUUUAAGUACAGAAUGGAUUUAGUCCCAGAAUUAAUUUCAAUUUUCAGUAAAACAAAUACUGUAGGGAUACCAAACAUCAUUUAUUUUAUACAUUUUCAUAUAAAUACAGAAAAUGAAAAAAAAAAUUAAUGAACUAAAAUUUUUUAAAUAACCAAAGAAGUAUAAUAAUGAUACAUACUAAUUUCUACUAACAUACUAGUUUUUAAUGGCUUCAUUUUUUAUCAGUAUUUUAUUAAAAUAUAGUUAAAAAUACUGCCUUCUUUCACUUAACAGAAAAUGAAAUUAAUAUUUGAACUGAAUCCAUUUCUAAACAAGAAAAGUAAUAUUUCCUAAAAAUAUUAAUUGUUAAAGUCAAUAUUAAUAAAAUUUAGGUUUAAAUUUGCUAUCAAUGAAAUUUUGUACUUUUAAUAUUGUGAUAUUUAUAAAUGGAUUUAUAAAUAAGCUUGAAGUGAAAAAAUUUAAAGCAUGAUCAUUGAACAACCAUUGAAUGUUAAUAAUUAAUAGUUUGAAGAAAUAAUCCUUUCAGUCAUAGUAUAAGUAUCUAUGUGGUAGGUACUUAUUAAUUAACUUUAUGGAGCAUACAGAAAUAACUUCAAUAAAUAAGCCUUUUUUAAAUCACGUCUACGUGUAAUUUUAAGACUGCAGUUAAUUAUUAUUAUGAAAUAUGAAAAUGAAAAAUUUAAGGUACAACAAAAAAAUACAUAACAAAUCAUGUACGAUGAAUGUUGAUUAAUGUAAUUAUAUAAAUGUUUUAUUUUAUUGUAUUAAAUCUGUAAAUUAUAUUAUAAUUAAUAGAAUGUAUUAUAUAAUAAGUGAUGUCAUAAAAGUGUCAGUUACAUACAUAUAUCGAUAUAAAUAUGCUCAAAAUAAAAUUAUCUUCUAAAAAUAAA